AUGCCGCAUGAACAACUUCCUCCCAUGGAGCCAGAACGACGUUAUCUUCGAAUCCAUGAUUCACCAACUGAACCAACAACUUCAAAGCCACUUGAACGUGAAUUACUAUACGGCACGCGCCGAAUGUCAAAGAAAGUUGGACCAAAAAAGAAGGGACGUGGCUCAAAAUCCAAAAGUGAUCCAACUGAAGAAGCCUUAGAAAAGGCACAGAAAGAUGUUCGAGCUUUUCGUGAUCAACUCAGUCGCACUGUACUUCUGGCGGAAACUGCGGAAAGCCGCCGGCAGACAGCGAUUCAGGAGAAAAUCAAAACGGCGAAAGAGUUGGAGGAAGUCAGACACACAACGCAACAACACACGGCGUUCAUGGUAACGCAAAAUGAAAUGAUCGUCAGCAGUUUGAAUAACAAGAUAGAGAAACUGGAAGAGUCUUUGCAAAAGUUAAAUGAGAUGGUGAAGGAGAAAGACGAUGCUUUGGAGCAGCUCAAGUUGGAGUUUUCCGAGACUCUAACUGAACGGGAUUUGAAAAUCGAUCGGCUAAAGAUGCAACUGAGUACACUGGGGGUGAUGUGUGAGGACGCGAUGUUACAGGCUGUUGAAAAGCUGACAAACAAGCUUUCGGAGGACUAUCAACUGAUUCAUAAUAACUAUAUGCCUUGGUCACAAAAGACUCUGGAGAAAAUAGAGCUGGAGUUCUUGAACCCACCAUUCUUGGAUGCCCAAUCGACAGAAUACUACUGAGCUGGACAGCUUGAGACAUUUUCUAUCAUUUUGUACACUUGAGGCCCGUCGUAUUUCCCUUUGAUUGAUUUUCAUCGCUAUGUUUGGUCCACUUCUUGUCCUGUUUGGGACCUCGAAUCCCAAAUAAGAA